CAUCUAACGACCACCGAGUCGCCUUGCGCCGCUGCGAUACUAUCGUUACUGACCAUAUUCCUACGCGAAAAAAGCUUCUAGCAGGCGAGACCACCGAUGAUCACGACUACCUGAGAACAUAGCGGCUUCGCAGACGCCCACAAUGCCGGGCAUCGUGGAGCCAGAAUCCACCGAGAAGGGCGAUACUCCUGCCGACCUUCCUAUCGAUGAUACCCCUUCGCGUCCCUUCAUAGUGCUGAAGCAGGAUGUCGAAAUCGAAAUCGACUUUGCUCGACAGCGUGUCCACGGCCAAACCGAUAUAUUUAUCGGUACUCACGAUCAGAUUCCUGUUGUCUACAUUGACGCCCGCCAAUGCGAAAUCGAUACAUCCCAGAUUACAGUUAGUAACUGCAAGGUGGAAGCAUCGUAUUUAGACCCGUGUGAUUUACUACAGACCCCUAAGAAUUACCGCUUAUCGGCAUCGCACUGGGCAGUAAAGAAGCGCCGUAUGAAGCCGCUAUUACACCACCGACGCAAGGAAAUUUCAGCUGUUGACCAUGAGCUUAAGUGCUGCACCCCGCUUAAUGGGUCUAUCAGCGUAAAACUUCCAACUAAGCCUGACAUCAUACUGAAGAAUCAAUACAUUCCGAAGCCAGAGCAGCAAGACCUCCUAAUAGAUAGCGAAGGCAAUGUGGGCUGCUACAGAGUCCGUAUACCUUUCAAGGUGAAAAAUACGUCAGACGGUUUCCAAUUUGUCGGCUGCAACGAACGAGAUACUCGAUACCCCCACGUUUAUACGCGUCAUUCACUCGAACCUGGUACCGCGUCCGCUAUCUUUCCAUGCAUUGAUGACCCUGGCUCCCGAAAUUCGUGGAAUAUCUCCGUCACAUGUCCUCGCACUCUUGGCGAUGCCUUUCGCCGAACAUCUGUGGCACAGCAAUCAAAGGGCUUUGGUGACCCUAAUGGAAAUCGCAAGAGGAAGCGUGACGAGGAAGAUCCCCAAGAUUACGAGAAUAGUGGAAGCUGUGUUGAACUCACGGAAGAAGACAAGAUGCUGGAUUUAACAGUUGUCUGCGCUGGGUAUCUUACCGGGGAAGUAGUUCACAAAGACGAUAGCACGAAGAAGACGAUGUCUUUCCUUAUCGAACGUAAUAAGGCGGUACAGCACGUCGGCUUCGCCGUUGGUCCCUUCGAGCAUGUGGACUUGUGGUCGGAAUUUAGGCGAGAAGAAGACGAUAACAAGCUAAACCGCAAUGCGAUUAAGAUACAUGGCUACUGUCUUCCAGGUCGUUCUGAAGAGGUCAGAAACACCUGCUGUACCCUCGUCACGGCAAUGGAUUAUCUGGUGCUCUCAUUUGGACGGUUCCCCUUUGAGAACUAUAAGAUCUGCUUCGUCGAUGACAUGAUUGAAGAUACUAUACCACUAUGUGCCUUCUCUUUGUGUAGCAGCAGGCUACUCUAUCCCCGAGACAUCAUGGAAAACGAAGUUGAAGUUGUGAGGAAACUGACGUACUCGUUAUCAUGCCAGUGGUUCGGAGUCAACAUUGUCCCCAACACCAAAGCAGACAUCUGGCUCGUCGUCGGGAUUGCGUGGUACCUAACCGACCAUUUCAUGAAAUACUUGUGUGGAAAUAACGACUUCAGGUUUCGAAUGAAGUCGAUGGCAGACAGACUUGUCAAGCUUGACAUCAGACGGCCGUGCCUGCAAGAUCUCGGCGAACAUCUUUACUUAGGCGACUUUGAGGUUGAUUUUAUGAAUCUCAAGGCACCUUUGGUCCUAUUCAUCCUAGAUCGACGAAUUUCUAAGUCAGCGAGUAACAUGGGCGUGUAUAAGAUAAUUGGCAGGAUGGUUACAAAGGCUAACACAUCCGGCCAACCGUCCGAUGAAAUUCUAGGAGCAGACGCCUUUCGGAGGGCUUGCGAGAAAGCCGGGAAUCAGAGACUGGAGCCAUUCUGGAACCAAUGGGUACUCUCGUCCGGCUGCCCUAGGUUUGAUGUGAAUCAGCGGUUUAACAAGAAGAGGCUCUGCGUUGAGAUGACUAUCCAGCAAAAGCAAGACGCCGCCUACCGCGCUGUCAAUAUACUAGACAAGAACGAUUUUUGGAGAGGUGUUAUGGAAGAGAGCCAUGCUGUCCGCGCUGGCGAAUUCCAGCAAUCGUUCACUGGACCAAUGACUAUUCGAAUCCACGAGGCCGACGGUACUCCCUACGAGCACAUAGUAGAACUACGAGAAGAUACCGCCAAGGCUGUGAAAUUCGAGAUCCCAUACAACACGAAGUACAAACGACUCAAGAGGAAUCGUCGACAACGUGAAAGACAAAUGGCCAACAACUCAAAAGCAAAUGACGAUGCGCCUCGAGAUCUUUAUUAUUUGGGGGAUGUAAUGCAGCAUCCAGAUGAGAUGGAAGCCUGGGACUUCCGUGAGUGGGAUGAUGAAACUGAAACGAAGAUGGACCAGGAAUCCUACGAAUGGAUUCGCAUGGAUGCUGACUUCGAGUGGAUCUGCGAGAUUCAAACCAACAUGCCUGCUUAUAUGUACGCAUCGCAAUUGCAGCAAGAUCGAGACGUUGUCGCACAGCAAGAUUCAAUGUGCUACCUCCAUCGAGCAUUCUCCAACAUUGGCACACAUCCUCUCAUGGCGACAAUCUUAGCACGUACCGUCUUAGACGCUAGGUACUACUAUGGAAUUCGCCUAAUGGCAAUCGACGAGCUUCCUAACCACGCUACUACAGAAGCCACCAACUGGGGACUCAAACAUCUGCUUCAAACUUACAAGCACUUCUUCUACGAUCCCAAGACGAAGGAUCCUCUCCCGAAUGACUUUUCGGAUAAGCGACAGUACUGGGUACAAUGCGCUAUUAUAGAAGCUAUUGCUCGCAUUCGCGGGGAAGAUGGCAAGUGCCCCAAAGAAGUACGAAGGUUCAUCCUUGAGCAGCUUCAGCGCAAUGACAAUAGUUGCAAUAUUUAUGCCGAUGAUCUGUACAUCUGCGUUUUAAUCAAGGCUUUGGCUAUUUGUCAAAUUCCAGACAAGACCAAACAGAAAAAACCCGACUCCUUCGAGCCCGUGGAUGUCGACGAGGACGAGGACGAAGUGAUGGCCGAGCCUAUCGAUACUGAGCCAGAGCAGUUUUGCGAGUUAGUACUCGAAGAGAUUGACCGCCUCCGUAGGAUGGAUGAGCACUCACCGUCGUUCGAGAACUGUUUUACGAUCGCCGCCCUUGAUGCUUACUGUCGUUUGAUGAAGGCAGAAGUCAUAAAGAAAAACCCAGCCAGAUUCAUCGAGUACCUACAGGACAGAACUUAUGAUCUCGUCCGUAUAAAAGCUUGCGAAUCUCUUGUGGAAUUAGGGAUGUUGGCCAAUAGACACUUUGUCCGAAUGUUCCUUCUCAUUGCUAGCACAGACACUUCGCCGUUCGUUCGAGACCAGGUUUUCAAAGUAUUGUGCCGUGGACUCGCUAGCGUGGCUAUUGGAGAGGGCGAGCAGGCAGAGGAGAAGGCACCAAUCCAGCCAACAGAAGACGGUCUCAUCGUCGAACAAGAUGAUGCGGUUAUGGAGGCGAAUAAGAACGCGAAAGCUCGUAAGGAGGACCUUUCCGCUGCCCUUGCAGCCUUGAAAGCCGAGACCACCGAUGAUGAAGACUUGCAGGAAGCUAUUUGGAAAGCAAUGGACUCGCCCGUCCUCACUACUACAGAACAACUCAAAUUCCUCGAGCUCUGCUCGGUGUUGUUUGACGAAGAUCAGUCAUUGAUGAUGUGCUUCCCUUACCCUAGUUACUGGAAAGUUGAACGCGGAGAGAAGAUUCGGAAUAGAUGCCUCAUGAAAUUUAAGCGGCGUUAUAGAACAAAGCCGCGAAAGCCUCGAGCCAUUCCCAAACCGCCUCCGCCCAAGCCUGAGCCUAAGCGAACCAUUACUUUGAAUCUUAACAGGAGCAUGAGUAUGAGCGCGAAGGCAGCAACACCAACAGCAGAAGCUCCACCGCCACUACAUUCAGUUGCUCCCACUCCCAAACCCCCGGCUACCGCUUCCACUCCAAAGGUGACUAUUCCGUCCUUGAAGCAAGCAACUACAUCAAAAGAAAAAGUCUCUACACCUACUAUAAAAGAACCAACCACCCAGGAACCCGCGCCGAAGAAGCUGAAGCAGUCCAUCGCCGCGUCUGCGUCGCGAAGUGCUACUCCGUCAGCAUCUCAGGAUAAACCAAAGGAAAAGUCAAAGAUGGGCGAGUCUCAUAGGGAUAGUAUCUCUGUUCAGCCCCCCGUGCGGCCUACUAUUGAGUCUCAACAGCCCGAUUCAAAGGCGGCAGUCCCUAAGACCAACGGAAGCACUCUCCCGACACCUGCGAAGCUUCCGAAAGCUCCAAAGCCUCUCAAACGAACGAGCACCGAGAGCGAAGAUCCCCGGCCAACCAAGUUUGUAAAGCUUAACACUUCCAAAAUCCCCAGGAAAGAGUUAGAGAAACUUGAGAAGAGACCGAAGGCGCAGAAGCCGAAGAAACUGGUUACGGUGAAGUUCGCCGCCUGGGAUAAACUGCGUAAACGAAAGAGCAAGACACCCCAAGCUGGCUCGAUUCGUGCUACGGCUAAGCAUCGUCGACCCGAUGAGAAGCAUAUCGGUAAAAGCCCGCGUCCCUCCAUCGGCCCGGCCUCGCCCGCGCCCAGGAUCUCAGAGUCCUCCCAGGCUAGAGCAUCUUCGGCAGCCGUAUCAUCAUCCCAGAAUCAGACUGCUACUCCUAACAGUUCCUUCAAGUCCGCAUCCCAAUCCUCCCAAUCAGGCGCAAACAGCGAGAAAAAGCGAAAGCCUCUCCCAGAGAUGCGCAAACCCCUCCCGUCGUCGGCACCGACUAACAAUCCUACGCCGCCGUCGAAGCAGCCCUCAUCCGUUCCAGCUACGGCGUCGAAGGCGCCCACAAAGUUGAAGAUCAAAUUGAAGGCUCCCACUUCGGGGUCUAAUUAGGAUAUGGACACGCGAUAGUCCACCAGCUAGGAUGAUUCGUACGAUCACGGCCGACUUAUUUUUGUUUUCUCGUCUACGGUAUGCGGUGUGGGAUACCGGCCGUGACGGCUAGUGGUCAGAAAUCACCACAUCACUCUGCACCUAUGGUUUUUUACCUGAAUUUUUUGUUUGUUCGUUUUGUUUUUUCUCUAUCGUGUCUUUUUGCAUGACAGGGCAUGGCAUUGGCGUUGGGAAAUGGA